CUCUCUCUCCCCUCGCCUAUAAAGCACAGAUAUGCACAGCGCGUGAAAAAUGGCUUUCUCCACUGAGCCACGACGCGUUUGAGAUCUCUCUCUCUCCCUCUCUCUCUUUCCCUCUCCUCCUUUCAAAGAUUCCACCUACCAAUAUAUAUACUACUGUAUAUGCUACGUGUAUAUUCAUCCUUCCCCCAACAGUUUCAUCCCUAGUGUUCGCCGGAUCUUUCCAUGAGGCCGUUCUCCAAGAACGAUCGUCGCCGGUGGUCGUUUGAUUCCGUUUCCGCCGGAAAACUCGCCGUCGGAAGUGCAUCCACCUCUCCCGGAACCGAAUGCUCCAACGGCGGUUACGGUGAAGAGUUCGUUGAGGUCACGAUCGAUCUCCAAGACGAUGACACCAUCGUCCUUCGAAGCGUCGAGCCAGCAACCUCCAUUAACAUCGAUAUCUCCGACGAAACCGCCGGUGGUGGAGCCGGCGGGGGGAUAAUGACUCCGGCAUCGAUCUCGAGAUCUCCGACGAUGAAACGCACCUCGUCGAAUCGGCUCCGGCAGUUCUCGCAGGAGCUCAAGGCGGAGGCAGUGGCGAAGGCGAAGCAGCUAUCGCAUGAGCUGAAGCGGUUCUCGUGGUCUCGUUCCUUCUCCGGCACGUUAACCUCAGCGAACCAAAACGGCGGUGGAGGAGGUAUAGUGAACUCGGCGCUAGAGGCACGAGCGUUGCGGAAACAACGAGCUCAGCUAGAUCGGACUCGGUCUAGUGCUCAGAGAGCUUUACGUGGGUUAAGAUUCAUAAGCAAUAAGAACAAGAACGUUGAAGGAUGGAACGAUGUUCAGACCAACUUCGAAAAGCUUGCUAAGAACGGUUACAUCUAUCGCUCCGACUUCGCCCAGUGCAUAGGAAUGAAAGAUUCAAAGGAGUUUGCAUUGGAGCUAUACGACGCAUUGAGCAGGAGAAGGAGAUUAAAAGUUGAGAAGAUCAGCCACGAUGAGCUUUACGAGUAUUGGUUGCAAAUCAACGACGAUAGCUUCGAUUCUCGUCUCCAGAUCUUCUUCGACAUAGUGGACAAGAAUGAAGAUGGGAGAAUUACAGAAGAGGAAGUAAAGGAGAUUAUAAUGCUGAGUGCAUCUGCAAAUAAGCUAUCAAGAUUGAAAGAACAAGCAGAGGAAUAUGCAGCUUUGAUUAUGGAGGAGUUAGACCCUGAAAGACUUGGCUACAUUGAGCUAUGGCAACUAGAGACUCUGCUUCUACAGAAAGACACAUACCUCAACUACAGUCAAGCAUUGAGCUAUACAAGCCAAGCAUUGAGCCAAAACCUUCAAGGGUUAAGAAAGAAUAGCAGAAUACAUCGAAUGAGCUCGGAUUUCGUCUACUUCAUGCAAGAAAAUUGGAAAAGGAUCUGGGUUUUGUCUUUAUGGAUCAUGAUCAUGAUUGGAUUGUUCUUGUGGAAAUUCUUCCAAUACAAGCAAAAAGAUGCAUUUCAUGUGAUGGGUUAUUGCUUACUCACAGCAAAAGGAGCAGCAGAGACACUUAAGUUCAACAUGGCUCUUAUACUUUUCCCAGUUUGCAGAAACACAAUUACUUGGCUCAGAUCAACAAGACUCUCCUACUUUAUUCCUUUUGAUGAUAACAUCAACUUCCACAAGACAAUAGCAGGAGCCAUUCUAGUAGCCGUGAUCCUUCAUGUUGGAGACCAUAUUGCUUGUGAUUUCCCAAGAAUCGUUAGAGCCACGGAAUAUGAUUACAAUCGCUAUCUGUUUCACUACUUUCAGCACAAACAGCCAACGUACUUUGACCUCGUUAAGGGACCUGAAGGAAUCACAGGGAUUUUAAUGAUCAUUCUGAUGGCUAUCUCAUUCACAUUAGCAACGAGAUGGUUUCGACGUAACCUCGUCAAGCUUCCAAAGCCAUUUGAUCGUCUUACUGGUUUUAACGCCUUUUGGUAUUCGCACCAUUUGUUCAUCAUCGUCUAUGUCUUGCUUGUGCUUCACGGUAUCUUCCUUUAUUUCGCCAAACCUUGGUAUGUUCACACGACAUGGAUGUAUCUUGCAGUACCAGUUUUACUCUAUGGUGGAGAAAGAACACUUAGGUACUUCCGGUCUGGUUCUUAUUCGGUUCGACUUCUAAAGGUUGCUAUAUAUCCUGGUAACGUUCUGACGCUGCAAAUGUCGAAACCAUCUCAGUUUCGUUACAAAAGUGGACAGUACAUGUUCGUUCAAUGUCCAGCAGUUUCUCCAUUUGAAUGGCAUCCAUUCUCCAUUACUUCAGCUCCUGGAGAUGAUUAUCUCAGUAUUCACAUUAGACAGCUCGGAGAUUGGACUCAAGAACUCAAAAGAGUAUUCUCUGAAGUGUGUGAGCCACCGGUUGCCGGUAAAAGCGGACUUCUCAGAGCCGAUGAAACAACAAAGAAAAGUUUGCCAAAGCUGUUGAUAGAUGGACCCUAUGGUGCACCAGCACAAGACUAUAGAAAAUAUGAUGUUCUCUUAUUGGUUGGUCUUGGCAUUGGUGCAACUCCAUUUAUCAGUAUCUUGAAAGAUUUGCUUAACAACAUUGUUAAAAUGGAGGAGCAAGCGGAUUCGAUCUCGGAUUUUAGUAGAUCAUCAGAGAACAGCACAGGAAGCAACAGUGGCAACAAUGCUAAUACACCGAGAGGAAAGAAAAUAUUAAAAACCACAAAUGCUUACUUCUAUUGGGUAACAAGAGAACAAGGCUCUUUUGAUUGGUUCAAAGGCGUCAUGAACGAAGUGGCAGAGCUUGACCAACGGGGUGUGAUAGAGAUGCAUAACUAUUUGACAAGUGUGUAUGAAGAAGGUGAUGCUCGUUCUGCUCUCAUUACAAUGGUUCAAGCUCUUAACCAUGCCAAAAAUGGAGUCGACAUUGUCUCUGGCACUAGUGUCAGAACACACUUUGCAAGACCCAACUGGAAAAAGGUUCUCUCUAAGCUAAGUUCCAAGCACUGCAAUGCAAGAAUAGGAGUGUUUUACUGCGGAGUACCAGUUCUAGGCAAAGAGCUUAGCAAACUAUGCAACACAUUCAACCAAAAGGGUUCAACGAAGUUUGAGUUCCACAAGGAGCAUUUCUAAAAGACAAGAAGGAAGAAACCUAAAGCCACUUAAUAGUAUAGAAUCAAUCUCUUCACUCCCCUUUCGCCAUACAUAUACUUUGAUACAAAGCAAUUACACGUUAACACGCUGUCAAAAGUGAGUGCGUUAACGUUUAGUUCCACACGUUCUCUAGGUCUAUAUCCACCGAGGCAUACGUGUAAAUAUUUAAGAGGAGAAAUAUAUAAAGGGGAAGUUUGAUAGGAGAAUAUACUGUAGUAACUUUUUCAUGUUAUAUCUGUAUUUAGGGUUUACUAUAUUGCUUGCAUAUCAAGCAAAUCAGAUAAGAGAUUCUAGAAGGUGAGGGUUUGGUGAGAGAAAAGGACUGUGAUGUGUAAAUCCGAAGUCGUUUUCGCUUGUGGAGAAAGUGCAAUACAGCUGCAGGGAACGGAGAGGAUGUAAGCUGAUAAUGCGUUGAUAAGGUCCAUGUGAUUAGGAAGGGAGAAGACAUUUUUGGGGGAUUUUUUAUAUUUCUUAAAGAUUUCUUUUGCUCUUUUGAAAAUUUCAGUGGAGUCGGUGAAUGAGAGACUAGAGCUUCUAGAUUAUUGGGAGGAUAUUUUCGAAAUAAGGGAAUUCCAAUAUUUUUUUAUCAUUUUUAUUAAAUAUUAAUAUAAGAUGUACACAUCAGAAAGUUUUAAUAUUAAUUAAGUGUUUUCCUACACAAAAUAAAAAUAAAAAUAAUUAUUAACAUUUUAGAUUUA